AGGCUAGAUUUCUUAGCAUGCUUGGGAUUAUGGAUCAAUUUUCAGAAUAAAUCUACAUUUAUUUUUAACGAACAGUUCACAUACACCGACACAGACAGUUGUAAACUAAAUGGAAAGAACAUUUAUACUAGUUAUUGCCAUUGGAUUCUUUUUGGGCGCCAGUCAUUUGUUGGUUCAGUCCCUUCCGAUUAAGUAUCAUGAAAGAAACUUAAACGUUAAAACACCAUCAUAUACCCGAAAACAUCCUAACAAAAAGAUAAUUGAUAAUCGCCAGGCAACGCAAAAACAAAUUAAAGAUUCGGACGAUCAGAAAUCAGCCACCGAGGACGCUCUCGGUUGGGCAAUGUUCCCGAUUCCCCUUGGCAAUGCGGGUGGAAAUAAAAUACCUUCCCAAAAGGGCAAAUUUAGCAUGUUUCCCAAAAUUGCACAUACCAAUGAAACCGUCGAUAAAAGUACCAGAGCUUUUAGUACUGCCAAAAGUAAGGCGCAUACAGAGAUGACCGUAUCAGUCCCAGUUCUUAAAACGGAUAAAGUGGGAAACAUUGUGUUCGAUAAGUUGUUCGCCAACAACAAAGAUACACUUGAAGAUUCGCAACAAAAGGAGUAUUACCGCGGCACUCCCUCCACUGUAAAGUUUCGCGCCCCAGAACGCCCCAGAAUGUAUUCCCCCGGACAUAGAUAUGGCCUCUCCACAGUCUGCCGGAAAAGGUCCACAGUCUAUAACGUUCCGAACAUCUUUCAAUAUCUAAGGCCGCGCAUUUACAACAGAGUAUUUAGUUUUCGGGCGGUGUGGAUGGACCUUCGGGAGGAGAUCUGGAAGGAAGGAAAUUCGCAAGAGUGUCACCAGGCUAAUAUGACAGAUUGGUUGAAGUAUAUCAAUUGUGCCAUAAGGCGGAACAUGCGAAUGGAUUAUCUAGUUCCGAUGUACCCCCUACACCAACAGGGAUACUAUUUCCAUCCCGAUAUUAAAUUCUAUAGAUUAGUUAAAUAAAAGAUUUGUGUGGUUGUAAAACUCAAUA